AUGACGAGUUUAUCAUCUGAAAUACCCGAGGUGCCUUUCACAACAUCUGGUGUUGGAAGCGAGCAUCCGACGAUGAGAAUGUCGACCGUGGAAUCACAAGGUAUGAUCAUGGUUUCUGCUCCCUUCAGUGGCGGUAAUUGGUUGUCAUGGAGUCGAUCCGUGCGUAUGGCGUUGGAAAGCAAGGAUAAGUUGGGUUUCAUUGACGGCUCGGCUCUAAGACCUGCAAUUGGAACUCCACAGUACAAGCAAUGGAGAAUCACGGAUUGUACAGUGAGAACUUGGAUUUUGAACACUAUCUCCAAGGAUCUAGUGAAUGCAUACCUGUACGCGAAUUCAUCUAGAGACUUGUGGAUGGAACUUGAAGCACGUUAUGGCGAAUGUGACGGAACGUUGCUUUACAAGUUACAACGAGAAAUCAGCUCAAUUUCACAAGGAAACAUGAGCGUGACUGUAUAUUACACGAAACUAAAACAACUAUGGGAUGAACUCGUUUGUUUGAUGCCUCCGGCUAUCUGUUCCUGUGGCCUGUGUGUUUGUGGCUGUAACAAAACUAAGGCAGAGCAAAAUGAUGCAAGUCAAUUGAUACAGUUCCUUAUGGGACUAAACGAUUCAUACGAUACUAUACGUAGUCAGAUUUUAGUACUUGAACCGCUUCCGCUUGUUAACAAAGCUUAUUCCAUGGUAUUGCGGGUGGAGAGACAACGAAUGGUGAACUCGGAAUACUCAGAUGCAGGUGAGGCCUCUGCUAUGAAAGCAUAUGAAUAUAAACAUAACAGUAGUCUAAAGAACUUUGCUAGAAAUGGUAAGGGACCAUUGGAUAAGCGACGUCUCUUUUGUGAACACUGCAACCGAAAUGGACAUAGUAAGGAAUCCUGCUUUAAGCAUCACGGUUUUCCGGAUUGGUACAAAGAAUUACGUGAUCAGAGGAAGAAACAGAGCAGCAAUGGGCGAGCUUAUGCCUGGUAG